AUGAAUAUAUCUGCAGGAUUUGUCAUAUUUCGGCAAGUAGAACAAAAACCUAUUGAAUAUCUAUUAUUACAAGCUUCCGAUGGCGGAUGUUGGACACCACCAAAAGGUCAUUUGGAGAAUGGUGAAACUCCAUUGGAAGCAGCUGAACGUGAAACAAGAGAAGAAGCUGGUCUUGAUAAACAUGAUUUAGAAUAUUAUGAUAAAUUCAAAGAAAAAAUUACAUAUAAUGCUAAUGGAAAACCAAAAGACGUUUAUUAUUAUUUAGCACGUCUUAAAAAUAUUCAACAAAAAAUAAAUCUAUCACCUGAACAUCAAGAUUUUAGUUGGUUACAUUUCCAUGAUGCAUGCAAUUUAGUUCACCAUGAAGAAACACAAAGUAUACUUCGAAAAGCUAAUGAAUUUAUUAAUGGAUAA